AAGACGACCGGUUUGUUUACAAAAAUAUAUUCUCUUCCGGUCAAAACAACGAGGAUUACAAGAUUUUUGUAUAGUUCAUCGAUUUAUUUUUAAAUGGAAGACGAUGAUGACACUAAACAAGUUGAGUUUCAUGAAAUGGGUCUUGAUGAUCGCUUGCUUAAGGCAAUAUCAAAACUUGGUUGGUCAUCACCUACACCCAUACAGGAGAGGGCCAUACCUCUCGCAUUAGAAGGCAAAGACAUUUUGGCACAAGCUAGAACAGGGUCUGGAAAGACUGGUGCAUUCUCAGUGCCAAUAAUUCAGAAAGUAUUGACAUCCAAACAGACUGCAAUUGAGCAAUGUGUGAAAGCACUUAUUCUGACCCCUACUAAAGAAUUGUGCAGCCAGGCAUACAAGAAUAUAUUGGAACUAACGUCCUGCUGUUCCCGUGAAGUGAAGUGUGUUGAUGUCUCUCCUCAAGUGCCUCUACCAACACAAAGACCGAUGCUAUCUGAAAAGCCAGACAUUGUUGUCGGCACACCGAGCCGAGUGCUUGCCCACCUACAGGCAGGGAACCUGAAUAUCCGUGAGUCCCUAGAGAUGAUAGUCAUUGAUGAAGCUGAUCUCAUGUUCUCAUUUGGAUACGAAGACAACGUGAAAGCAAUACUUGGUCAGAUGCCAAAGAUCUACCAGGCUUUUCUGAUGUCAGCCACUCUCGGGGAUGAUGUUCGUGCACUGAAGAAGAUGGUCCUUCAUAAUGCUGUGAUAUUAAAACUGACAGAGAGUCAGUUGCCCCAGACAUCUCAACUCACGCAGUACCACAUAAAAUGCCCAGAUGAAGACAAGUUUGCAUUGAUCUACGCUUUGUUCAAGCUUAGACUGGUCAGAGGCAAAACUCUCCUCUUUGUGAAUAAUGUUGACAGAUGCUACAAGUUACGGCUAUUUUUAGAACAGUUUGGAAUACCGGCCUGUGUUUUGAACUCUGAACUUCCUGUUAAUUCAAGGUGCCAUAUUGUAAGCCAGUUCAACGAUGGUCUGUAUGAGUACAUCAUUGCCAGUGAUGAGAACUUGCUGAUCGACCCUCAAAACAGGCCCCAAGAUGACACGCAGAAGCGACAACGGAAGAAGGACCAGGAAUUUGGGGUGUCAAGAGGGCUAGAUUUUCAGAACGUGUCCAAUGUGAUCAACUUUGACUUCCCUACCAGUGUACAAGCCUACAUACACAGGGUGGGCAGAACUGCAAGAGGGGAUAACAAAGGCACUGCCCUGUCGUUCAUCUCGCUGAAAGAAAUGCCACUUCUGGAGAGGGUGGAGGCAGAAUUAGCCGGAAAAGAUGGUCAGGACACAGCAGUGUUCAAACCAUACCAGUUUAAAAUGGAUGAAAUUGAAGGAUUCCGGUAUAGAGCAAAGGAUGCCAUGGCAGCUGUGACUCGAGUCGCAAUCAGAGAGGCCCGACUGAAGGAGAUCAAGCAAGAGAUGCUCAACUCACAGAAACUCAAGUCCCAUUUUGAUGAGAAUCCUCGUGACCUGCAGAUACUACGACACGACAAGAAUCUUCACACAGUGAAAUCACAGCCUCACAUGAAAAAUGUGCCAGACUAUUUGAUUCCUCCAACCUUGCAAAACUUGGCUGGUAAAGGAAAGGGUGUGAAGACACGGCGAGGCAAUGCCAGAAAACGAGGUCCUUCCGAGGGGCAGUUGAAGUACAAAAAGCGACAGGCAGAUCCUUUGAAGAGUUUUCAGUUCAAAGGGCUUAGUGCGAACAAGAAAAGAAAAAAGGAAAAAUAAGAGACAUUUUGCAUGUAUUUGUUGUUUGUUAUAAUAACUCAUUUUGUUUAAGUAUGCCUUUAGAGGAAGUCAUUCAUGUUUUUUUAUACCCCCACAAAAUAAGUUUAGGGGGGUAUGUAGGAGUGAACUUGUCAGUCGGUCCGUCGGUCUUUCUGUUGGUCCGUAUUAAGUGUCUGCUCUCUAAUUCAAGUACUUUUCCUCCGAUCUUCACCAAACUUGGUCAGAAGUUGUAUCUACAUGAUGUUUAGGCCAAGUUCGAACAUGGGCCUUGUCGGGUCGAAAAAUAGGUCACGGGGUCACUUAGUGCGUUUUAAACAUUCAGCAUGUUGUCAGCUCUCUAAUUCAAGUAGUUUUCAUCCGAUCUUCACCAAAAUUGGUCAGAAGUUGUAUCUACAUGGUGUCUAGGCCAAGUUCGAACAUGGGCCUUGCCUGGUCAAAAACUAGGUCACGGGGUCACUUAGUGUGUUUUUUAACAUUCAGCAUGGUGUCCGCUCUCUAAUUCAAGUAGUUUUCAUCCGAUCUUCACCAAACUUGGUCAGAAGUUGUAUGUAGAUGAUCUUAAGACCAAGUUCGAACAUGGGCCUUGCCUGGUCAAAAACUAGUUCACGGGGUCACUUAGUGCAUUUUUUAACAUUCAGCAUGGUGUCCGCUCUCUAAUUCAAGUAGUUUUCAUCCGAUCUUCAUCAAACUUGGUCAGAAGUUGUAUCUGCAUGAUGUCUAGGCCAAGUUCGAACAUGGGCCUUGCCGGGUCAAAAACUAGGUCACGGGGUCACUUAGUGUGUUUUAAACUUUCAGCAUGGUGUCCGCUCUCUUAUUCAAGUAGUUUACAUCCGAUCUUCACCAAACUUGGUCAGAAGUUUCAUGGAGAUGAUGUUUAGGCCAAGUUAGAACAUGGGCCUUUCUUGGUCAAAAACUAGGUCAAGGAGUUACUUAGUGCGUUUUAAAAAUUGAGCAUGGUGUCCGCUGUUUUUUGUGAAGACGACAUGCAAAAUAUUAUGUGUCAAUGCGGCAUGUGGGGGUAUUCGUCACGUCUGUGACAAAGCUCUAGUUUCCCUUAAAACUAUUGAAAAGUGUUACCACUUUCACAAAUAAAACCGAACCCCAUGUUA